GCACCAACACCGGUACAUAGGUGCGGCCCGGCGUGUCCUUGGACUUAGAGAGCGGGACGUCCGGCUUCUGACUGGGAACCUUCGUGUCGUCAGCAACCAAAGAGAGAAUUAAAUAUGGGUGAUGUUGAGAAAGGCAAGAAGAUUUUUGUUCAGAAGUGUGCCCAGUGCCACACUGUGGAAAAGGGAGGCAAGCACAAGACUGGGCCAAAUCUCCAUGGUCUCUUUGGGAGAAAGACAGGUCAGGCUGCUGGAUUCUCUUACACAGACGCCAAUAAGAACAAAGGCAUCACCUGGGGAGAGGACACACUGAUGGAGUAUUUGGAGAAUCCCAAGAAGUACAUCCCUGGAACAAAAAUGAUCUUCGCCGGCAUUAAGAAGAAGGGAGAAAGGGCAGACUUGAUAGCUUAUCUCAAAAAAGCCACUAAUGAGUAAUAAUUGGCCACUGCCUUAUUUAUUACAAACCAGAAAUAUCUCAUAACUUUUUUUAUGUGUACCAUAAUUUAAUUGGUCUCAUACACCAGAAUUCAGAUCAUGAAAGAGUGACAAGAAUAUUUUUGUUGGACAGUCCUGAUUUAACUAAGACUGGCUUGUGGUUAAUUCGGUUUUUUGAAUUCUGAUAGUAAUUCCAAUACAGUAAAUGCUAUCACUGUUUUCCCCCCUUCUGAAGAUGUGAUUGGAUUAAUUAGUAGUGUUCAACUUUUCACAAGAAUGGUAAAUUGCCAUUUCAAAACCUGUUGAAGAUUGGUUUUAUAUUUAGAUUUAUAUAACUGGUUAUGUGAAUAUAUUUAAAUACUAGGGAAAUCGCUUUACUGUCUUGGAACCAAGCGAGACUCACUGGUGUUUUAAUUUGUGUUUAUUAGCCUGUUAAAGGCGAGGGCUGGAGAUAAGGUAGCUGUGUUUACUUUAUAUAUUUUUGGUCUUCGCUAUGCCAAUCCAAUUUCCCUAUGUCUACUAAAAUGCUGCCUUUUAUUUAUUGAAAGGCAUUUUAGUGUGGUUUAUGUGUAAUAUCAAAUAAAGAAUAUUUAACACUUCUCACAUUUUAUAGACAAUCUAUAAGGUUGAAUGCUUUUAAAAGUCAGUGUGAAAAGAAAUAGCAAAUUAAACUUUUGAGUUCUUUACUACCUUAAGUCAGACUAAGUUAUAAUUUAGGAUUGUCUUUAAACAGCUGUUCAGAAACACAUAAAACUGUAGAAGAUCUAUAUAAGUGUGAUUGGUAAUGGUGCUUUUACCAACUCAUUAAAAGGCUUAAAGUAGAGGAGAUAUACACAAAUUCAAAAAUUAUGUGUGAUCAUAACUUAAUUAAAAACAAAAUCAGAGAUCAUGAAA